AUGGGAAACACCACCAGCGACCGGGUGUCCGGGGAGCGCCACGGCGCCAAGGCUGCUCGCGCGGAAGGCGGCGGCGGCCAUGCCCCCGGCAAGGAGCACAAGAUCAUGGUCGGGAGCACCGACGACCCCAGCGUUUUCAGCCUGCCGGACUCCAAGCUCCCUGGGGACAAAGAGUUUGUAUCAUGGCAGCAAGAUUUGGACGACUCUGAAAAGCCUACGCAGCAGGCCCGGCCUACUGUUAUCCGUUGGUCUGAAGGAGGCAAGGAGGUCUUCAUUUCUGGGUCCUUCAACAACUGGAGCACCAAGAUUCCACUGAUCAAGAGCCAUAAUGACUUCGUUGCCAUCCUGGACCUCCCCGAGGGAGAGCACCAAUACAAGUUUUUUGUAGAUGGACAGUGGGUUCAUGAUCCAUCAGAGCCUGUGGUUACCAGUCAGCUUGGCAUGAUUAACAAUUUGAUCCAUGUCAAGAAAUCUGAUUUUGAGGUGUUUGAUGCUUUAAAACUAGAUUCUAUGGAAAGUUCUGAGACAUCUUGUCAAGACCUUUCCAGUUCACCCCCGGGGCCUUAUGGUCAAGAAAUGUAUGUAUUUUGAUCUGAAGAGAGAUUCAAAUCCCCACCCAUCCUUCCUCCUCACCCACUCCAAGUUAUUCUUAACAAGGACACUAAUAUUUCUUGUGACCCAGCCCUACUUCCUGAGUCCAACCAUGUUAUGCUGAGCCAUCUCUAUGCAUUAUCUAUUAAGGACAGUGUGAUGGUUCUUAGUGCAACCCAUCGUUACAAGAAGAAGUAUGUCACUACACUGCUGUACAAGCCCAUCUGAAGCCAUCCUGUCUUGCCUUCAUGGAUUCAGGAGAAGCUUCUCCCUGGCCUUUGAACUGAACCAGUCUUACCUGAGACUGGAAGGCUGAUUUGCUUUCAGGCCAAUAUGUGUGUUUCAGAGCUUCUGAGUAGGAUGCUCUGC